AGAUCCCGCGGGCGUACCACCACCAGUGUCCUCCCGGCAGGUGUGUGUGGAGCAGUGCAGGUGACGCGGCGGGAGGAGGACUUGCCUACAUAGCUACAGGUGUGUGACGCGUGAUAUACAACAGGUGGCCGGACACACACACACACGCUACCACCACCACCACCACCGCCACCAGGAGUACCAUCACCAUCAUCAUCAUCAGCACCAUGGCCUCCCUCAUCUCCUUCCUCAGAGUCCUGCUCCUCGUUGGCGUGUCGACAGCGGUGCCCCAGACAGGUGGGCGAAGAAACUGCCCGGACAGCUGCCCUAGUACCUCGAGUCCCGUGUGUGGCACCAACAACGUGGUGUUCAGGAAUGAGUGUUACCUGCAGAAGGCCGCUUGUACCACGUUCCCGGGACUCGGAAAACUCAGAGACGGACCUUGUGUGUCUCGGCCUGUCACUACUUCGAGGUGCCGCGAGGAGUGCACCAAGAUCUACCUGCCUUUGUGCGGGGAUGAUGGCAAGACAUACCAGAACAAGUGCCUCUUUGAUCUCGCCAAUUGCCGCAAUGCCCAGGAAAGCAAGUCCCCGAUCAACAUCAGGAGCGAGAAUGCUUGUGAGGUGGAGGAGGUGCGGGACAUCUGCUACAGGGACUGCCCGGGCACCUACGACCCAGUGUGUGGAUCAGACCGCGCCACCUACCACAACAAGUGUGAGCUCUCCAUCGCCAUGUGUCACAACGAGGAGGUCGACCUGCACCACGAGGGAACUUGCGCGGGAUUCAGCGGCAAAGGAGCAAGACGUCCCUCUCAGACACUGUUCUCUGGCGGCGCCUCCUCCUCCGUGGUGAGCGAGGGCUGCGAGGACACCUGCACGGGAGGGUUCCGCCCCGUGUGUGGCACCAACAACCUGACCUACGGCUCCGACUGCUACCUCGAGCUGGCGAAGUGCCGCUACCCAGGCCUGGAGAAACGUAGUGAUGGUGUCUGCACCAAGGACUGCUCCCUCCAAUGCGACACCGCCCGGAGACUCGUGUGCGGCACUGACGGUAUUACCUACACCAAUGACUGCUUCCUCCUGCUGGCUAGGUGCAAGGACCCGGCGGUGGGACGCAACCAUGACGGACCCUGCGUGUUCGUGGAGAAGCCGGAGUGCAGGCCUCGUUUGUGCAGGGAGCGCGGGCCGUCCAUGUGUGGCAGUGACGGGAUUACCUACGCCAACAAGUGCCUCUUUGACGCCGCCACGUGCCACAACCAGGGCCUGCUCAAGCUGUACGACGGACCCUGCAAGCCGGACCCUCGCAGGUGUGAGCGAUGCGAGGACAACACGCGAAACCUGGUGUGUGGCAGUGACGGGGUGACCUACCUCAACCACUGCCACCUGACCCUGCAGGCGUGUCUGUCUGGGUACGACAUCUACAAGCUGGCGAAUGGGCCUUGCCUGAGACGCUGAAGAAGGCGCUGAAGGAGGCUCAGAGGGAGGGAGGGAGGGAGGGAGUAAUGAGGUCAUGUUGGGUGUCUGAAGGGGAAAAUGAGAAAGGUACUUGUAAUUUUUGGGUUUAAAUUUGAUGGGGGGAAAAAAAAUAAAGGGUAAAUUUGAUGGAUGGAUUUAUGAAGGUUAUUUUUGAUGAUUAGGUUAGGGAGAAAGAGGGAAUUAGUUUUGAGGUUUAUAUUUAAAAGGGAUCUAAAAAAAAAAAAAAAGGAUGGGUGAAUGUUUUUUGGGGGAUAAGCAAGAGUUAGGUUUAAGUAAGAAAGGUUAGUCUGGUGAGGAGAGCUGACAGGGAAAGGUUACAUAGUUUAGGUGGUUAAGACUGGCAGGAUCAUAAAACAAAAUGAGUCUUAUGGUAAAUCAGAGGAAAAAUGUAAGAUUUGCUUGAUGCAUAAAUUUUGGUGAGAAAGGAAAGAUUAGCUUGGUGAGUUUGGGUGAGAGAGAGAGAAGGUUAGUGUCACGAGUAUAUGAAGGGAAAGAAAAGAAGAAAAAAAGCUUCGUAAAAUUAGUUAAAAAGAGUUACUAGUCUGGUAAAUCUGGAAGGAAAAGAUUAACGUGAUGGGAAAAUUUGAGUAGAAAAAAAAUGUUAGCUUAAUGGAAUUUUUAACGAGAAAAACUGAAGGAUGGAAGUAAAAAGAGAUUUGAUUGAUAAAUUUAGCUAACCCCAUUGUUCUUUUAUUCCUUUUUUGUUAAUUUAAUGGACUCGACUUUUAAUUUUCCAUUCUUGGAUGUAACUUUUCUUAUAUCAAGUGUGUGUGAGAGACAGUCAACCACCACCUCUCUAACUUAGCUUCACCACCGUGGCUUAACCUAACCUGACCUAACAUAGCAUAAUUAACCUUAACCUGAACUCACCUGGCCUCCAGCUAAUCCCUCUACCUGUCUCGCCUGAACACCGUAAAACACUCAAGGAAUACUCUGUAGACAACACAGUGCUACUCUUCAGAAACACUGCUACGUAUACAACACACUUGGUCAUACAUAUACACAGAAACACAUACUACAGUAACACUCAUGAAUACCAACACACACACACACACACACACACACACACACACACACACACACAACACACACACACACACACACACACACCUCAGAACACACACACACACACACACACACACACGCAACUUACUACAAUACACUUACCACCAAAACAGUGUCACCAUCAACACAACACCACACACUUCCAAUAUACUUGUAAACACUUUUCUUGGUCUGGAAAUGAAAUUGUUAGUUUUUUUUUUCUACUUUUUAUGUGUGAUAUGGGAAAAAAUGGGUCAGGAAAUGGGUACUUUAAAUUUUUUUUUUUUUAUCCUUUGAACUGAACGAAAGUGGAUAUUGAAAGAUUAGAGGUGUUGAAAAUAAAUCGAACGAGUAAAUAAGUUAAGUUUGUAAUGCAACAGAAAAAAAAAAGCUGAAAAGAAGGUAGAGAGAAAUAUUGAAAUUUUUGAUACGAUACGAUUGAAGAAAAUAGAUAAAUGAAAUGAAUGAAGUAGAACAUAAUGAUUAAUCUUCUUUUCAUCAUUAUCUGUUGCGUUACAUUUUUUUGUUUACUUCGCAUAUUAUUGUUUACAUGUUUUAUUGUCUGUUACUUUCAUUACUUCUGCAUUACUACUGUUCCCUCUGAAGCACUUAAGGCAAUACUUAGAGUUACCGUACUUUUUGUUUUACUUUUAUUUUUACUUUAAUAAAUAAUAAAAUGUGUCUUUUUUUCUUUUUGUUAAUAACGUAUCCUAUGUCGUUAGUUAUUCGAUAGGAUUUUUUUUUACAUAUAUUUAUUUAUUGUUUUCUUUCAUGAUUUACACACUUUUUAUUUUUAACAUUUUUUACAUAACGAGAAAAAAAAUAAAUAAAAACUAAUUCGCAUCUUAUAUUUGUUUAGCAUUACUAGGCUACAUAUAUAUUUUUUUCAUCAUUUAUUUACUUUUUUUGUUUUUAUUUUUCUCUUUCCCGUAUACGCAAUUAUUUUUAUUCGUGUAUUUCUUUUCGGUUAGUAUUUGUGUUCGCCCCUCGCAGUGUAUUCCAUGUGUAUUGUGUUGCGUGAAGGACAGGGCGCCACUGAUGUGUUGCUGAGGCCACCUGCGUAUGUGUGUGUGUGUGUGUGUGUUGCACCCGCGUGGCCUUCAUGUCAUGUUGUGUUUCAUUAUUAUACUUAGAACAGAG